AUGAUCAGUCUCAAGAAGUUCGUGGUUAACUGGGCGGAUCGGGCCGAAUCUGCUCUGAAGAAGGGUUGCAGGUUAUACCCGCCGGGGGAGAUCUUCGAUUAUCUAGGCAUAGAUUUAGAUUUCACUGCACUUAUUCCUUUCCGCCCCGAUCUUUGUAUGCAAGAUCUUCUCGAGAGGGGAUGGGGAUGGGACAGGCUUACGCUAUGUUCGGAAGCAACGAAUAGCCUCACAGAUAAGAAAUAUCUCAAGGAAUAUUACCGCCACAACCGUGCCCUUUCUCAUUUUAGCACGCAUGAGCAAGAAGAUUAUGCUGAUGGUAAUGGCAUCCGAGAUGGGGGUAUCCUGGUUCCUCUAGUCAGUCUGUGUAUCAAGAUGGAGAAUCAAUUCAUCUCUGAGUGUGAGAGGCAGGGCAAAGCAGAUCAAACUGCUGAUCAUAUCAUGCUGAGUGAAGAGAUCCAGGGACGUGCACUUAGUCUCAAGGACAUGGAUGAUGUUCGUGAACUGACUUUCUCACCUCUUGCAACAUUAUGGUUCAAGUUUAUCACUAAGAAGGCCGAGUUAAUGUGUGAGUGGAUGAGGCAUGGGGCUUAUAAUCCUGAUUCUAAGGUCACUAAGGUUCGCCGGUAUGCUCUAGACCUUAUGAUGUAUAGAGGCUCUGAUUCUGACCGCGCAGCUGCCGUUUUGGUGGGUAUCUCAAAGGACACUAAGAUGAUCUGCGAGUGCUUGAGGCAAGGCACACAAGUAGAAACCUUACGGUGGUGGUCCAAGGCAAUCAUGGAGAAUGGUUGGGAUAUCUUGUGGCUGCUACAUGAUGAAUGUAUUUCUUCUGGCAAUGGGAAUGGCACUGCUACUACCAAAGCAGGAAACGCUACACAGAUGAACUAUAAGAAGCCAGAUGGCGACAAAAAUUCCAAGGAUAUAGGAAACUUGGUUAUUGAGAAAUAUUCUGAGAUUCACUCCGAUAGCCUGAUUGAUAUGAGGGAACUUGCUGUAGAGUGGGCGAAUAGUGUUCAAGCUUAUCUGAAGAUGGAUUCGGUGUUGCUACCCCGGUAUUCUCUUGACAUAUGGUUUUCACAUAUUCCUUUCCACCCUGAUCUUUGUAUGUGCGCUCAAGAUCUUCUCGAGAAAGGAUGGGGAAGGAAUAGGCUUGUGCCGUAUAUUGGAUGCCAUGACUGGUCCAGCUACAAGAAUUAUAUCAAGCAAUAUUACUGCCGCAACCAUACUAAACUUGUUGCCCAGGCAUGCCCGAAUGAGAAAGUUGCCAGUGCUGCUGGUAUUGGCUACAUAGAUGGGAAUGGGCUGACUGCUCCCUGCUUGAAUGGAAACAGAUAUGUUACUCAUUGGAGGAAAGAGCAAGAAGCUUGUACUACUGGUAAUGGUGCUGGAGUUGGGACUGGCUUGGCUCCUCUUGUGAGGAUGAGCAUUAGCUAUCUUGUGCCUAUGCUUGCAUUUGUCCUGAAAGAUUGUUCCGUUCAUAGUAUACUUGGUGUGCCAGAAAUGCCCCUGUGGCAGCUGCUUCUCCAUGCACGGCAGCGGUGCUUGCCUCGGACGCCUCAACUCUCCGGACUCCUCUUUCUUUGCCGCGAACUCUCCAUCCUCCCUUCCAAAGCCUUGGCUGCACCACCGCAGCGCCCGUCUCCAUAUGUUCAAGUCCGGCUGCCCCAAAGCUCACCUCAGUCCAGUUCUGACCUUCUUGGGUCCGGCUUCCACAUUGAUGUGGUUGACUCCGACCUCUGGACCCCGUCCUUUGGCUUCUCUUCAGAGGCCACAAGGGGCAAUGAGUACCUGGAUGACCUCCACCAGAAUGACGACAGUGAAGUGCAAGACUUUAAUGAUGAGAUCGAUGACAUGCGGCACCGCAAGAAGUUGUUCUACAAGCUGGACCGACAAUCCAAGGAAUACGAGGAGAACAGCCUGCCCUUGCGCCGAAGCAAGAAUAGGGACAAAAGCAAUGCCAAGAACCCAAAGGAAUGCAAGGUGGAGCCUGCCAAGUCUGUUUCUUCCAAUGCUCCAAAGCCAACAAAGCGUGCAAUUAGAGAUGAUGACAUGGUUGAGGUGAAGCGGGAACGGAUGCCAACAUUCAACCAGAUGACUGAUCCUUACCACCACCCUUUCUGCCUCGAUAUACAUGUUACAAAGGGGUCAGUGCGUGCUUGCUUUGUGCACCGAGUGACGAGCAGGGUGGUUGCGGUUGCACACUCUAUAUCAAAGGAUAUGAAGUUUGAUCUUGGUUCAAAGAAGGGUAAGGGUAUGAAGGCAUGUGCGGCAGUUGGUGCAUUGCUUGCAAAGCGUGCGUUAGAGGAUGAUAUUCACAAUGCACUGUAUACACCAAGGAAAGGGGAUAGGAUUGAAGGAAAAAUUAAGGUUGUGUUGCAUGCAAUUAUUGAGAAUGGAGUUGAUGUGAAGGUGAAACUGAAGCAAAGAAAGCCGAUAAAGAAUACAUUGGCGUGCAGCACUGCAGCAUGA